AUGCGUGCAUUAGAAUUAUUACUUCGUUUUGGUAUAGGAUGGCAUCCUAAAACAAAGCUGUACUGGGCAUUUCCAACGUUUAAGAAAGUCAAAGGGCUUGGUUAUUACGUCCAUCUACAAAAAGAAGUAUUGGAGUCGCUCCAAAAAGGAGCAUAUAACGCAACAUUUCGAGGUGUUGCCACUUAUCGAACGGAUAUGUUACAACACGUUGAGCAGUUGUUAUUCAAACAACCAUUGUCAGAGAUGCAGCAAUGUCCAUCUAACAUUUAUCAUACUGUCAGACCAACUUCAUCCAAAUCAAAAUGGGAAGUAGAUGAUUCACAAAAGCAAUUAGCGCCGAUGGGUUAUCAAUGUAUAUUAUCUUUCAAUCAGACCGAUAUACGGCCAUUUUGCGAACUUGAUCAUCAAAUAGGAGAUCAAAAGAAUAUACCCUGCUAUAAUAUGUAUAAGUUAUGUUCCACAGACGCUGCAGCGAAACUGUUAUCCGAUGUACGAAUACUUUCAAAUGAACCUGUUGCUUUUGCUUUACCAAAACAGCCCGGAACAUUGAACCUAGCUAUCAGCUUAUGGCGUUGUAGACAAUUUAUUUCAUAA